CAGUUGAUGAUAAAAAGGAAGAAGGUUCUGUGCACACAGCAGAGCUUCCACUAAGAGAAACACGAACGGCCGUUUUCGACGAAGUUCUGCAGACUCAAGCUGUGUGCAACAGAGACCAUGGCUCACUUGACAGGUAGCAUUGCAGUUCUCGUAACAGCGCUGGUCUCUGUGUCUCUGGCUAUUCCCGGUGGUUGGUCGACGAAGGAACCCUCGUCUAGUCCUAAGUAUAAGGAACUGGCCCACUUCGCGGUCGCUCAGCGCGUGGAAGGCCUGCAGAACUACGACACGGUUCUCGAACUCACCAACGUGGAGACUCAGGUCGUCGCCGGCGUCAACUACCGUCUAACGUUCAGCAUUGCGGCCACUGAUUGCAUAAUAGCCGAAGUAGAAUACAACGCCGAACGUUGCCCGCCUAAGGACGACCAGGCGAAGGCGACCUGCACAGCCGUUGUCUACGAGAAGCCCUGGGAAAACCUUCUGUCUCUCACUUCUCUCGACUGCGCUUAGAUUCAGCAUCUGUAAAGCCCUGAAGAGAAAUCAAUCCGAUGAAAGACUGAACUGUUUAAACCCUGGUACAUAAAUGUGGACACCGAGAAAUGCGAGGAAAGCUCAGGAAUAUGCACCACCAUAUGAAUUAUCUGUGUAUAAUGUACACUGUGAUGCGAGUACCUGGAAAACAAAGAAUGUUAAAUAAAAAUCUUUAAUACCAUGAGGAAGAGUGCCCGUUCCUUAACCGCAUACCUAGAUAACGAAUAAAGAAA